AUGGACUCCUCAGAAGCUCCGGAGGGUCAAAAGACCUUCGAUCAGAAGAGUCCGUCUGUGGACAUUGAUGCUGAAAGCGUUGCCAUAGCUGGUGGCGAGAAUGCCCGUGCAACCAUGGAGACCAAGCAACUCGCUGGUCUCGCAGACCUGGAUGGCAUCAAGCGGAGCUGGAAUUUGCAAGGAUUGGUUGUCAUAUGGAUAUCGGCGUUGCUGAUGAGUUUCGCCCUCAACUUGAACAACCAUACCGCAAACUCGUUUGCAUCCUAUGCUACAAGCGAGUUUGCUUCCGCUCCACUCUUAGGAACCAUCACCGUGGUGCAGUCUGUUGUGUCAUCCGUGGCGCUACAACCUCUCGCGAGGCUGGCAGAUGUAUACGGACGAUUUGAAAUGUUCGCGCUUUCAGUGUUUUUGUUAACCAUCGGAGAGAUUAUGAUAGCAUCCUCCAGUAAUGUGAGCGUCUAUGCCGGUGCUCAAGUGUUCUGGGCAUUCGGGUAUAUAGGAAUUUCGUUGAUGCUUCAGAUCUUAGCGGGCGACACCAGUGAUCUCCACAACCGUGCCCUUCUCAGCGCGAUACCCCUUACCCCUUCACUUAUAACUUGUUGGAUUGCCGGACCAGUCGCAUCGGGAAUAAUCAAGAUUACGUGGAGAUGGGGGUUCGGAAUUUUCGCAAUUAUUAUUCCCACAAUCGCAAUACCUCUUUUAGCUUCCCUUUACAUUAACAAGAGAAAAGGCAAGAAGUUGAGAAAAGCAGAAGGGACCUACCAGCGUCUAAAUCACUUACAAAACUUCCUCCAACUUGAUCCAGUCGGCCUCGGUCUCUUGGCCGCGGGGCUCUCCCUUAUACUGAUCCCAAUAUCGCUAGCUUCCUCGAAUACUAAUACCUGGAAGAGCGCACAUACAAUCGCAGAUCUCAUAGUUGGUGCUGUCUGUUUAGUUGCACUGGCCGUAUGGGAGACUAAAUGGGCUCAAUGGCCAAUCUUGCCAAUAUCCCUUCUCACGAGCCGUACAGUCAUCUUCGGGUUGUCAGCUAUGCUAAUCAACUAUGCCGGUCUUUACCUACUUCAAAGCUACCUCAUCUAUUACGAAAUGGUGGCAGCCAAUCUUUCAGUAAACGCAGCAACGAACAUCUAUAUCCUUAUACCAUUUGCAGGAUCGUUAGGCCAGGUCGGUGCGGCGCUUUUGGUUAAGUAUUCCAGAAGAUACAAAUGGAUCGUAGUAUCUGGAUACGGAGUUAUAGUCCUCGGAAUGGGUUUAACGUACAAGUAUAUCAAUGGUCAUGGCCAAAUGCCUCAACUUGUUGUUUCCCAAUUGAUCCUGGGUAUUGGAGAAGGCAUCGUCAUGACGACUCAAUUUGGAGUGCAGGCCUCCGUCAGUCAAGCCGACAUGGCAGCGGGAACGGCGUUGUACACUACAGCUAUCGGAAUUGGAAAUGCUAUUGGUUCUGCUGCCGCAGGAGGAAUCUGGACAAGUUUACUUCCUCGCAAACUUCGCGCCAACCUGCCUUCGGAUGCGGCAAGCGCCCUGUCGGAGAUCGAAGGCUCUGUUGUUGCUGCAAUGUCAUAUGAAUGGGGAACACCAAUCCGUGACGCUAUCAAUAAAUCGUAUACUACUGUGUUCCGAACCAUGAUACUAGCAGGUUUGGUUCUUGUUGCCGUUGCACUUCUCUGUUCUCUCUUGGUGAUAGAUCUUAAUAUCAUGCAGGUGGACGAAAGCAGAGAUUAUAAGGGAGUGGUUAUUGGAAAGACUGGUGCGGUGGAUGCAUUGAAGGAGAAAGUCCAUAUAGGUGAAGGUGGAGACUCCGCUCCAUCGAAGGAGGAUUCUUGA